AUGGCUUCUGAUCCCUUCACCCGCCCCAACAGCAGCUCCUUCUCCUUCAUCCUUGUGGGUGUCCCCAGCCUGGAAGCUUUCCCCACCUGCCUGGGCAUCCUUUUCUGCUCAGGCUAUAUCAUUGCCCUGGUAGGAAAUGGUGUCAUUCUGCUUGUCAUUGGGCUGGACAACUCCCUGCGUGACCCCAUCCACUGCUUCCUGGGCAUGCUGGCCAUCGUCGAUGUGGUGAUGGCGACUUCUGUUGUCCCCAAGAUGCUGAGCGUGUUCUGGCUGAACUCUGCAGAGAUUGGCUACGUGGCCUGUUUUGUUCAGAUGUUCCUCGUUCACUCCACAACGUCGGAGGAGUCGGGAGUGCUCCUGGCCAUGGCUGUUGACCGCUACGUCGCAAUUUGCCACCCUCUGAGGUACCAAGCCGUCUUGAAUCGCCACACAAUUGCCCAAAUAGGCCUGUCCAUCGUGGGGAGAGCUCUCCUUUUCAUGGUCCCCUUGACUGUGAUGGUGACAAAGCUCCCCUAUUGCCGUUCCCGGGUGGUUCCCCACUCGUACUGCGAGCACGUGGCCGUAGCGAAGCUGGCGUGCGCAGACCCCAGGCCCAGCGGGCUCUACAGCGUGGCUGGGUCCUCUCUUAUAGUAGGGAUGGACGUGGCUUUCAUUGCCGUGUCCUACGGGAUGAUCCUUAAAACCGUCCUGGGGAAGAAAUCACGCUGGAAGGCCUUCAGCACCUGCGGGUGUCACGUCUGCGUGCUGCUGCUGUUUUACAUCCCUGGGAUAGUCUCCAUCUACGCGCAGCAGUUCGGCAGCGGCGUGUCCCUGCACGCACAGGUCCUGCUGGCUGACCUCUACCUGACCCUCCCCACCAUGCUGAACCCCAUCGUUUACAGUGUGAGGACCAAGCAGAUCCGUCAGGCAGUCCUCAAAAUGCUCUUUCCCAGGAAGGUUCAUGCCUGA